UCUAAAAGUCCAAGCGAUUUCCAAAUCUAGUCUUCCAACUACCGAAUCGGCCAGGGCAUGCUAUUCCUCCAGGAUCGAAAACCCUAUCUCUGAACGGUGUUGCCGUGCUCCCAACUAGAGUACCAGGCCGCCGUUGAGAAGGAGAAGAAAGCGUUAGGAGCUCAGGGUCCUAUCGUGUAUCCUUCUUAGGCUGCAUCCAUGCAAACCCUUACUUAUCGUGCUGAGCAGUUGAAUUUCCCGCUCGGCCAGCGCCGAGGUGUAUCGAAUCUGGCGAACUUCGCUCUAGACCUGUCCUGGGCCAGAGCAGAGACGGAUUGUGCUCUGAGUAGCACAAGGGCGUAUCCCUCUCCGCCCAUGUCAGGGUCUCCACCACCACUCCCGCCCAAGCCAAACCCAGAGGUCGGUGAUCGAGGUCAGGGAGGCUAUCAGCCUGUUAGUCAUGAUGCGUAUCGGCCAAGCUCAACAGUUCCAGGAGGCGAGUAUCGAACACAACCACCGCAACCACCAUUAUUACCACCAACUACCAGCGCCCCUAGAGGGUAUAUCCCAGAGGGUCCGGAACGGAUGCCGUAUCCAACCUAUCAUCGCCCAGACGAAACGAUGGGAAGACCAAUGUCCUACACCCAGCAACUACCGGGCCCGAUGGCUCCCCAGCCUCAGUAUCCGCUCCCACCCGUAGUUGGACCCAGCCUUGGACCAUCACCUUACGCACUACCAGGCAACCCCCCAGGAGCUGAUAAUCCGCCCUUUACCUCGCCCAAAUCCCAAAGGAAAACCAAGGGUCAUGUGGCUUCGGCAUGUGUGCCCUGCAAAAGAGCACAUUUAAGAUGUGAUGCCCAGCGACCCUGUUCUCGAUGCCUUAGCAACGGCAAGGAAGAUUCCUGCGUCGAUGUUCAACAUAAAAAGCGCGGCCGACCUCGAUUACGUGAUGACAACCAACCUCGAUUUGACGCCGGAGCGAGAUUCCCUCAUCCAGCCGACCCUUCUUCCAUGCGACGACCAGUCUCCCUCUACUCACCGAUUAGCGCAGUUUCUGCCUCCUCAUACGAAGACCCCCUCCGAAGAAGCCAUUCUUACAGAGUUCUAAAAUCCCAGCCGAGCGAUCCCAUCGCACCUAGAUAUCUCGAACGUGGAUCAGCCGCAGAUGCAAACAUCUAUCCUGCCCCCCUAUCCAUACCCACACGUGCACCCGAACCAGUAGCAUUCCUAACUAUGGAUUUUGAGAUUUCCAAGGCGUCGAGUACUUUUGUUGAGGCAGUGGGAUCCAGGUCGAUCUUAGGUCGAAGGUUGUUGGAAGUUGUCAGUCCGAACGAGCGCGACAGAGUCGUUGCACUUCAAAGGUCUCUGCAAGAUGAGCAGACUAGGAAGGAACCGAAUUAUCUCCCGCCAAUCUUUGGAAAACAGGAGACCGAGAGAGUAAUACAGGCUUUACCAUUCAGCCCUGAAUCGAUAUCGAGGUUCCAACUAGAUCGCCAGGAUUUCUUCUCGUUCAUGUCUGCAGAUGGACAGCAGCGGUCGUACCCGAUUCGUAUCGGGCUUGCGAAAGAGGAUUCGAUAUACUUCAUCGUGUUGCUGAUAAGUCGUCCAGUCCAGCCAUUCCCACAUCCUUCGCCCUCUCCUCACGCUCGAGAAUUCUCAUAUUCUUUCCAACCUCAACCAUACGCUCAGUUGACCCCUGUUUCCGGCUCUUUCGAUCCUGGGCGGCCACGGUUCGGAGAAUCACCUCGUGAGGGGGGCUAUACGCCACGGCAACCACCAACACCCGCACCUCUGGCUUCGGGUCUCACUCCUGGUGUGAGUCCCAACGUCCCUUCUUAUUCUGCUGCUGGACCUGUGCGAAUAGAACCCCAACCAGGUCCCUCUCAUCACAUCCCAAGAAGCGAACUUUCCAUGGCUCGGCCGCCUCAGCAGGUGGAAUAUCAACUGCCUCCCAUUCGUGGACCGGGACAGCCCGGUCCCUCGGGGGAAGCGUCCGGUUGGCAGCGAGAUGACCGAUCAGGACGUGUCGACAUCGGUGGAUUAAUAGAAAAGCCCGACCCUUCAAGACGAGGGCGGUAGCGGUUGGUCGACAUUGGAAGAACAACAAAACCCAUGGCUAUGGGUUAGUUCGACUUUUUUCUUCGCGGGCUAGUUGCCUUCGACGUCUGCUCGCGAGAUUAAUGUUUCAUACCACACAUCAUUCAUACUCGAUUUGUAAAAUAUACCCAUAUCGCGCAUCCGUCAUUUUCAGUCGCGCAGGAUACCAUGUACAACAUAAUGCAUCUUUCCAUCUACAUAUCAUACCUCCCGUCAUUACACGGCUUCUGAUUUUUCCAGGGCUGUUUUAAUAUUAGCAUGAUCCCGUGGUCCCUUUUCGCUGCCUUGAGCUAGCCGUCUGGACUCGGAUUCGAUUCCUGAUUUUUC